AUGAAGCGUGCCAUGUCGUAUGGAAUUGCCCACCUUGUAUUGUUGGCAGUAUGUACGAUGAAGGCUGGCUACAGAAGCCCAACGAUGUAUAACGUGCUUACGACCACGACCAAUAACAGCAUUGUUCAUAUUCUCCAUGUACUCCUUUUGAUAUUUGUCAUGUGUUUCUUGACAAAUGUGAUCGUUGGGUCCGUGUUUAAGAGCCUUAGGCUCGAGGAAGUUUCCAGCUUCCAUGAGUCUCUACUGUACUUUCUGACUGAUUUUCUGCUUGUUGUGCCUACAUUUGACGGCGACAUCAAUUUCAAAAAUGGAAUGUUGUUUGCAAUGCUUCUUUGUAUCAAAUCAUUGAGCUGGCUGCUGGGAAUACGAAUCAAGAGAGAAGCAGCGAAAGAGCAAUAUUACCUCGCUUAUGGAAUAUGUGCUUUUUCAUGUAUUGUGGGAUGCAUGUUUAUGAUGUCAUGUAUGACACGCAUGAGCGGGCACAUUUUGUUUGUUUUUGAGUAUAUGCUUCUUGUGAUAGCAUCGAUCAAGAACAUAUUUGUGAUGAAUAUGUCGUUUUAUGAAGAUGAGGAAAAGCGAUCACAGAUCAACUUUUAUAUUGAUAUUGUGUACAUGAGUAUUACGUUUGUGGCAUAUGUUGUGUUUAUUGGGAUUACGUCUCUUAGUUACAGGCUGCCUUUGAAUUUAUUCCGAUCUGCACUUGGAAUACUUGAUGCGCUUAUUUCGAAGAUAAAGACAUUUGCUAGAUACAUCAAGCUGUGCAAAGAUCUUGAGAAAUGCACGGAUGGGACUGGAGAUGGGUUCUGUGCGAUUUGCAGAGAUGACCUGGCAUCUGGAAAAAACCUUGGAUGUGGCCACUGCUUUCACCUUGGAUGCUUGAAGAUGUGGUGUGAAAGGCAGCAGACAUGCCCAAUAUGCAAGUCUCCGAUCCUGCUUGAGCUGAAGAAAGAAACAUUUGUUGUUGGCAACGAGCUUAUAUCUGGGAUUCCGGUUACGAUGGAUGAGUGA